GCCGUGCACUGAAAGCUGAGGGUGGGGCUUGCCUUGACCCAUGGAACAAAAAUGUGAGGCUGAGGGGUUGUUGGGAAAGUGGAUGACCACGGGAAGCACCGGCCACACAUUUCACCGGGGACACAAAAAAGAAGCGGACAAAAAGGAUUUUUAGUGAUGACGAAGAAGAUGUGAUGGAAGCGUAGCAGGAUUUGUGAGAAGAAGGCAGGGCGUGCAUUUGAGAUAACAGCAAGUAGCACUCUUCUCACUUCCUCGCCUGCCGCCGGCCAAGGGACAAAAUGCUCCUUCCAUUCAUCUUUCAAGUGCUCCUGCUUCUGUGCUCCCUCACUGUUGCUGUUCAGACGUGUCCUGGUGGAUGCCAAUGUGAAGGCAACCAAAUCUUAUGCAUUGGAAUCUCAGAUGUCCCUCCCUUUCCUCCAUCUACCACUGCUAUCUACCUUUCCAAUUGUAGCAUCUCCUCUCUGAAACCAGAGGCCCUUACUUCUCUGUCAGAUGUCUUGAGCAUUUGGCUUGAAAACUGUACUUUGGGGGAAGUUCAACCCGGCACGUUUGAUUCCACUGUGAACCUUCAGUCUUUAGUGGUUACUGGAACAGAACUGCAAGAUCUUCCAGAGGCCUUGUUCCAGAAUCUUCCGAAGCUUGAGACUCUGAAAAUGAACAGCAACAAGAUCCUCCUACUCCGACCAAAAUGGUUCUUCCAAAUCAAAAGUCUUACUGCCCUUGAUCUGAGUAAGAACCAGUUGACCUCAAUACCAGUGGAAACCUUUAACCCUCUGAAAGAACUGGAGUACCUUUUGCUAGCAGGAAAUUCUAUUGGUGGGCUACCAAGUGGGGUAUUCAAGGGGCUUUCGAAGCUCAAGUACAUUCGGCUAAACAAAAAUUUAAUAGUAGAAUUUCCUAGCGGAAGUUUUGACGGCCUUGAAAACCUGACAGAACUUUCCCUACAAGACAAUCAUAUCACUCAUCUCCAGCACGACCUGUUCUCAAAGACUCCCAACCUCCAAAAGCUGUUCCUUUCCAACAACAAACUGAGAACUCUCCCACAAGGACUCUUCUUACAUCUUCCCCUCCUAGCUCAGAUAUCCUUGUAUGAAAACCAGUUGGAAAGUUGUAGUCCCGGUGUGUUUGGUCCCAUGGCCCUGCAGGAGUUGUGGCUGUAUGACAACAAGCUGAGACAAGUAGAGGAUGACACCUUUAAAAAUUUGACUCAGUUGCGACUCUUGGUGCUCAGCCGUAACCAGAUUAGCGAUGUGUCUACCAAUGCCUUCCAAGGGUUGGAACAGAUAGGAGAAAUAUCACUUCACACAAAUCUGCUGAGGACUUUGCACGCUGGAACAUUCCAAGGUCUUCCUCGGCUGGUAAACAUUUCCUUGGAGCACAACUUCAUCAGUCAUCUACCUGUUGGUUUUCUCAAAGGCUUGAGUCACUUGGGACAGAUUGACCUGAAAAACAACUCCCUUCAAAACCUGCCACAGGAAAUUCUAGAUGCCAUCUCUGUGGCAGAAGAGAUACUUCUGCAGCAGAACCCCUGGAGGUGUGACAAGGACAUCCUGCCUCUGAAGAACUGGCUGACAAAGCACCCAUCCAAAACCAACCAGACCCAAGUGGUGUGUGACUCUCCUCUCAGUCUGAGUGGGGAGAUAAUUGUCAUGCUGACAGAGGAGGACUGGAUGCUGCAGAGUUCCACGCAGCUGACACCACUGACCUCGACGGAGAAGAGGAGCAAACCACCUGCUGUAAACACCACGUCUUCCACGGAGAACGGCAAGGGACCAGUUUCUAACCGUACUUCGGUCAUCCUGAUUGUCAUCGCAGUUGUGGCCACAGUCAUCAUCAGCGCCGCCAUCAUCGGAUGUGUUUGCUGGAGAAAGAACAAGAAAGGAAGGGGAAAUAUUGGACACAGGAGUAGGAACUCUGUGUUGUAGAUGAAUGUCCGACCUAAUCGAGUCAAAGCACCAAAUUGCACACUGGAACGCCGACAUAGGAUGUCUUUUUUGCAUUUAAAAGUGACUCAUUUACUGCACACCUGUAACAACCAGCAUGCACUUUGGUGUCUACAUCAGGAGGCGUCAACAUGGAAGUAAAUUAACACAGGAUACAAGAAUAUGUAUCUUUUCCAAGGCCUGUUUUUAAGACAAAAAACGUUUGCAUCAGCAGUAAAGAGGAUAUCCAUCAAUCCAUCCACCCAUCUUCUUCCGCUUAUCCAAAGGUUGGUUCAUGGGGCCAGCAGCUCUCCCCAGGCACUUGGUCCAGCUCUUCCCGGAGGAUCCCGAGGCAUUCCUAGGCCAGCCGGGGUCCAUAGUCUUACCAAUAAGUCCUGGGUCUCCCCCGUGGCCUCCUACUGGUUGGACAUGCCCUAAACACCUCCCUAGGGAGGCGUUCGGGUGGCAUCCUGACCAGAUGCCCGAACCACCUCAUCUGGCUCCUCUCCAUGUGAAGGAGCAGUGGCUUUACUUUGAGCUUCCCCCGGAUGGCAGAGCUUCUCGCCCUAUCUCUAAGGGAGAGACCCGUCACCCAGCGGAGGAAACUCAUUUGGGCCGCUUGUACCCGUGAUCUUGUCCUUUCGGUCAUAACCCAAAGCUCAUGACCAUUGGUGAGGAUGGGAACGUAGAUCGACCGGUAAAUUGAGAGCUUUGCCUUCCGGCUCAGCUCCUUCUUCACCACAACGGAUCGAUACAGCGUCUGCAUUACUGAAGACGCCGCACCGAUCCAUCCGCCUGUCGAUUUCACGAUCCACUCUUCCCUCACUCUUGAACAAGACUCCAAGGUACUUGAACUCCUCCACUUGGGACAGGGUCUCCUCCCCAACCCAGAGAUAGCACUCCAUCCUUUUCCGGGCAAGAACAAUGGACUCAGACUUGGAGGUGCUGAUUAAAUCUCUUAAAAUGUAUUAUAUUAAUAGUUAUAUCUCGAAUGACACCCUGUUUGUGUCCUAGCUACGCAGGACUGUCUCAGAAAUUUAGAAUAUUGUGAUAAAAGUCCUUUAUUUUCUGUCAUGCAACUAAAAACAUGAAAACGUCAUACAUUCUGGAUUCAUUACACAUCAACUGAAAUAUUGCAAGCCUUUUAUUAUUUUAAUAUUGCUGAUUAUGGCAUACAGCUUAAGAAAACUUAAAAAUCAUAUCUCAAAAAAAACUAAGUAAAAAAAAAAGAUUUAUAACAGUAAAACAAAAUCAAACAUUUGAAAAUGUCUUACUGCACUCAGUACUUGGUUGGGAGUCUUUUUGCACGGAAUACAGCAUCAAUGCGGCGUGGCAUGGAGGCAAUCAGCCUGUGGCAUUGUGGAGGUGUUAUGGAUGCCCAGGAUGCUUCAAUAACGGCCUUUAGCUCAUUUGCAUUAUUGGGUCUGGUGUCUUUCAGCUUCUUCUUCACAAUACCCGACAAAUUCUCUAUGGGGUUCAGGUCAGGGGAGUUGGCAGGCCAAUGGAGGACAGUAAUGCCAUGGUCAGUACACCAGUCACUGCUGGUUUCGGCACUGUGGGCAGGUGCCAGAUCAUGCUGGAAAUUGAAAUCAUCAACGACUGGAACGACUGGAAGUAAGGAAAGGGAAAUCAUUCGGCGCCACCUGCUGGUUUGUGCGUAGAAAUCUCAUGACCUUUAAUAUUAGACAAUGCGCCCGACUGCAACUGAGAUAGGCUCCAGCACCCCCUGGGACCCCAAAAAAGGGACAAGCGGUAAAAAAUGGAUGGAUGGAUGGAUAUGCCUUUUUCAGACUGUUUGCCAUGUUUGCAUAUACUCUCGUAUUCGGGCCUAUAUGGGUCUCUUUCCUGUGGGUAAAUUCCCAAUUAUUGUUUUUCAAAUUAAAUGUUCUCUUGAGAACCAG